AUGCCUGCCGACUACAAUGGGACGUGGGAAAUGGCAACCAAUGAAAACUUUGAAGGCUACAUGGUUGCUUUAGGUAUUGAUUUUGCAACUCGUAAGAUUGCAAAACACUUGAAACAAACAAAGGAGAUUGUUCAAAAUGGAGACAAUUUUAAAACCAAAACUGUCAGUACUUUCAGAAACUAUGAUGUGGAUUUCACUGUGGGAGUGGAGUUUGAAGAGCACACCAAAGGACUGGAUAACCGAGUGGUAAAGACCCUGGUGACCUGGGAUGGUGACAAACUGGUCGCUGUUCAGAAAGGUGAAAAGAACAACAGGGGCUGGAAGCACUGGAUUGAAGGAGACAUCCUGCAUUUGGAACUGACAUGUGAAGACCAGGUGUGCCAUCAGACAUUUAAGAAGAAGAACUAA